AACCUGAUUAGUUUACAUAAAGUUCUUAAACCAUUCACAGUUAUUCAUUAAUAAUUGAUAUUUCUUGGUUUUUAAGUUCGCGAAUUUCUGAAUUCAUAGUUGGCGUAUUUGUUGAAAUGUCGGCUAAAAGUUUAAUGAGAUAUCGAGGAGGGGUGGGAGGUUUGGGCCAGAUGAGAGUUGAGGACAACAUGCUGCAUGUCGGUGUAGGAGAACAGCAUGUCGUUGGAGGACAGCAUACCGUUGGAGGACAUGAUCUUCAACCUCUGCUCACAAUAAAUACUUCAGAGCUUGGUUUGGAUUUGAUGCCAGGUGAAUGGGAGGGAGAAGGGAAGAAAUCUCCGACAGGAAGUUUAUCCUCCGACGCCCCAAGCUCUUCACCAGGAUCUAACCAGCGAGGACUGGAUGAGGACGGCGAGGAUAGUUUUGAUGAGAGUAUAGAGGACAUGCUUGCACAGAAUCCGUCCUGUACACUCUGCGGGCAUCUCUUCAGCUACAGCAGUUCAGAAUUCUUGAACCAUGUUCGAAUGCAUUUUGUCUCCGGACAAAACUCCACACUUCCAAACCCUACUGCAGCGCCUAACCGGUCUAAACCAGUUCAAAAACCUCUGAGGGCACCCAUUGAUCAAAUACACACUGCCAGUUCAACAGUUCAUUCUGAACCUCAGAGAGCUCACCCCCUGCAGGUACAACCUCAAACUGUUCAACAAACUCAAGUCUAUUCCCAUUCUACCCACCAGCAGCUGCCAGCUCCAGCUAGAAUCCUGAAAUCAGCUGAUGUCCACCCAAGCUCAAAUGCCGCAACAAGUAAAUCUGAUUCCAAAAAGUUUUGUCCGCCAUCUUUUUCUUCCCCUCCGACUUAUGACCAAUCAAUCAAUGCUUUUCAGUACUUCCCGGCACCCGGUCAAGAUUCUAGCACAGGCCACAAACGACCAACCCCCGAACGAUCUAAUUCUCCCCAAAAGCCAGAAUCUGGCGUUGACUUUUCUUAUGAGUUUUUUCCUAAUUAUUCCACCCCUUCUCCUCCCUCCGUUCCUCAACAGAAUAUUAACACUAUACUUCCUCCUUCCCCCAUCCAACAGAUCCCCUUCCAAGCCCCUUUCCAGCCCUCCUUUCUAGCCCCCUACCCCUUCUUUUCCCCCAAGUUCUCUUGUAUGCUUUGCCCCGCCAAUUUUUCAACUAGAGAAGAGUUGAUUUAUCACAUCAAUCUUCACAAUUCUUUUCCUAAUCCUGCCCAACCUAGGGUUCACAGCCAGGCUCAAAAGCGCCCCAAACCACAGGUCCACUCUCCCCUAUGUGCAUGUGUUCAAUGCAGACCUAAUAAAAAAGCUAAGAAAGCUGUUGAGGAUAUUGACCAAGACACCUUACGGAAAAUAAGUGCCCUCGAAUGGGAAAGAAAACACGGGUAUUGGUGCACAAAGUGUUCAACGCGAUUUCCCUCUCAGGGUGCUCUCGUGGAUCACAUGAGCUACAGCGAGCAUCACUCAUACAAUAGAUCCAGCAAACCCGUCAUUAGUUCGGAGUCUUCCAAAGAAGCAUAAUAAGCUGUGAACACUGUUCACUGUAAAUUUACAACAAAAGUAAUCAUGAUCAGGAAUAAUACAUAAAAUGUUAAAUUCUGGUGCAUGACGAAAUUGCCAAUCUUUUCUGAUCUGGAACUGGAAUCAGAUUAAUUAAUUUAAACAAUUAAUUAUAGUUUGAUAUUUUUCUUAAGCUCUUCCACGGUUUCAUCAGACAAGUUUUAAAAAAAGAAAAUCCGCAAAUUCUAAGAAAUAUUUCAAAACAAUGCUUUUUACAAAAAUCAAGAACAUUUAAAAACAGUCCUUUCUCAUUAUUGCCAUAGAAUUCAAAGGAAAGAAGUCCAAAGAUAAGUUAUAACUAUGUAGUUGGGAAAUUAUUUAAGUCAUGCGUCUUAAUGUUUUAUUUCAUGUCA